CAAACCUCCGCAUCUCUUCACUCAACCAGCAACAACCACCUAAUAUCCACCAUAUAAAGGCUUAAUUCAUCCAGACCUGUGGAUGCUGCCCUGACUUGUGGCUUUCGUGGCUUUUCCGAGACAUGUGUCAUCGUCGCUUGGCUGUCGUUUCCAUGGUUUUAUGAGGCACCAUACGACUUUUUUUCACCACUCAUUUCCUGAGCUAUCUACAAUAUUAUCUUUAUUGUCUUCACUAGUUGUUCGCUCAUUGAACUUUCCGGUUUAGACGUCGCCGAUAUGGCAUCAUCGACCUCACCAGCUCCAAAUAGGGGCAUCGUGGUUUUCUCCGGAGGAAGUGCCGCAAAUAAUCUUGUCGAUGUCUUCAGUGCUGUGCGAGAGAGCAAGCACUGUCCAUUGAGCUAUAUUAUUCCCAUUAGUGACAAUGGAGGGUCCUCGUCUGAGUUGAUAAGAAUAUUUGGGGGCCCUGGGAUCGGCGACGUGAGAAGCAGAUUAGUUCGUCUUAUUCCAGAUUCGCCUCCAAACUCUGAACGGGCGGCUGUCAAGGCACUCUUUAACCAUCGACUCCCUGCUGAUGCCUCUGCUGCUCAUCAAGCAUGGCAUGCCAUUGUGGAUGGCACGUCGGAUGCUUGGAAGUCCAUCACCCCAGCAAAGAAAGAGCUGAUCCGGUCGUUCUUUAAUUUACUCAAUCUAGAGAUCUUGAAACGGGCGCGACCUCCAAGCUCGACAUUUGACUUUACCUCGGCUAGUGUGGGCAACCUAUUCCUGACGGGUGCACGGCUGUUCAGUGGCAGUUUCGAGAGUGCCAUCUAUUUGCUAGGCAGUAUGUGUGGCGUACCCUCGGAUGAUGUUCGCGUCAUUCCUGCUAUCAAUUCAAACUUCUCCCACCACAUCUCCGCCUCCCUCGCAGAUGGGACCGUCAUCGUUGGCCAAAACAGUAUCUCCCACCCCAGUGAAGCUACAGCUAUGCCGAGGAAAGCUGGCUCCAGACGUCCCAGCUUGCUUCUUGCGGACGGGGAUGAUAUCGAAGAUACGGAUUCUGAGGCCGUUGACAUGGUCCCGUAUGAGGACGACCAUCUCCCUGGCUCUCUUCCCACUUUGCGCAAUAAGAAUAUCUCCUUUAGCAAGACAGAAAAUGAGGACCUCCCAUCCCGUAUCACCCGUAUCUGGUACAUCAACCCUUACGGCCAGGAGAUCCGGCCACCAGCCAACCCCCGUGUGCUCGAGUCUCUUCGCGAAGCGCAAGCAAUCAUCUACAGCAUCGGCUCUUUAUACACCUCAAUUAUCCCCUCAAUGAUUCUGCAAGGUGUAGGUCGAACUAUCGUGUCAAGUCCCGCGCGCCAUAAGAUCCUGAUCCUGAACGGAUCUUUGGACCGUGAAACAGGGCCUCCAUCCGAACCCUUCACAGCGUCCGAUUUCGUCGAGGCUAUUACCCGUGCCGGGGAAGAAAGUCGAGGACGAGGGCCUUCGUCUCCGAAUAAAAACGUGCGAAAUAAUCCUCUCCCAUAUAAUUCCUACGUCACUCAUAUUCUGCAUUUGGAUGGUCCUGGGACACCCUGUGUUGACAGGGAGCGCUUGGCUCAGAUGGGAAUUGAGACAGUCCGUUUGUACGGACCGAAAAUAAUAGUGAAGGAUGGGGAUACGGAAAUUGCAGUUGGGAUGAAGUAUGAUCCAAGAGCCCUUGUGCAAGCCCUUGAGAUUGUGCUGGGCAAAAAGGGCGAUGGGAUGCUUCGAGGGGGAGAUGGAAAUGGAUUGAGUAGGAGAAAUACCUUAGACAAUGGCAGGAAAGAGGGGAAGAUGAAAUCUUAACAAACUACCCAAGAAUAAUAGUCAUAGAAAUCGAAUAAUUGUUAAUUCAGUAUGGUCUCUUGAUG